AUGGAGCGGCUACCGGCGGAGGCGGGCAGCAGCCCGUCGUCCUCCCUCCUGCCCUCCUCUCCCUCCAAAACCACCUCUCGACCCCCGUACGAUGACGAAGACCCGUUGGCGGAUGUGGCAGGUGCGGGCGGAGACGGGGAGAAGAAGGCGCUGGGCGUGUUCUCGAUGGUGGCGGUGGUCUACUUCCUCGUGUGCGGCGGCAGCUACGGCACGGAGGACCUCGGCGGCUCCCUUCCCCCGCUCUUUGGCCUCCUCGGCAUCCUCGUCAUCCCCUGGCUGUGGAGCUUGCCGGUGGCGCUCAUCACGGCGGAGCUGGCGACUGCGAUGCCGGACGCCUCGGGAUUCCUCCUGUGGAGCCGCCGCGCGUUCGGUCCCUUCGUGUCGUUCCUCGAUGCAUGGAUCAUGAUCGUGGUCGUCAUCAUCGACCAGGCACUCUACCCCCUCAUCUUCGUCUCCUACAUCGAAACACUGGUUGAGUUGACGUGGUGGCAGGCCUAUCUGAUCAACCUGGGCUACAUCCUCCUGUGCAUGAUCGUCAACCUGCUGGGCGUCUCCACCAUGGGCCACUUCUCCAAGAUCUUCUCGGCACUGGCGCUGCUCCCGUUCGUCAUCUUCGUCGCUGCGGGCUUUUUCAGCGACCGGUUCGAUCCGCACGCUUGGGUCGAGACCGCCAAGGGUAAGACCAUCGCCUCCUCCACGCGCCCGUGCCCCCACGAGUGGGACGUGCCGCUGUACCUGAGCGUGCUGCUGUGGGCCACCUGCGGCUUCGAGUACUCGGGCUUCCUCGCCGGUGACGUGGACAAGCCCCGGCGCACGUUCCCCAUCGUCAUGAUCGGGUCGAUCUUCCUGAUGAUCGCGACGUACUUCUUCCCCAUUGCGAUGGCCAUCGCCAUCGCCGAGGACCCCUCCGAGAUCACCGAGGGCGCCUAUCCCGCCCUCGCCCUCGAGAUCGGCCUCGGGGAGUGGAUCAAGUACCUGAUGAUCGCCGGCGGCCUGGCCAGCACGAUGGGCACCUACAACGCCUACCUCGGCACCACGGCCUCCGCCCUCCGCGCCCAGGCAGAGGAGGGUGUCGCGCCCUCCAUCUUCAGCGCCUUCCCCCAGUACAAGUCGCCGAUUGUGGCGAUCAUCUUCUUCAGCUUGACCACGGCCGCGCUGGUCCUGUUGGACUUUUCGGUGCUGGUCGAGAUCGAGUCCCUCCUCUACUGCCUCCACGUGCUCCUCCUCGCCGGCACCGUCAUCCGCCUCCGCUGGAAGGAGCCCGAGCUGGAGCGUCCCUUCGCUCUCCCGUUCGGCAAGAUCGGGGUCGUCCUAAUCGCCAGCCUGCCCAUGCUGAUCACCUUCUUCAACAUCGGCUCUCUCUUCUACUACGGGUGGAUCUUCCCGCUGAUCUCGGUCGGGGUGGUGACCUCGGGGUGUCUGCUCUACCUGGUGCGCCACCUGGUACGGCGGAGGUGGGAGUACCACUCGUACCCUUCCUAG